AUGGACCUCACCAGCCUGCCUACAGAACUCAUCCUCGAGAUCGUGUCCCACGUGCCAGUCUUGGACUACUAUAACCUGAAACAGGUGGGGUCGCCACGGAUAACAGCUGCGGUCCGCCAGGUGUGUGCCUCGCUCCCCCGCGGCACAUACCUAUCGGAGCUUGCCCUUGAAGACGAACGACGACGCGGUCCCGGCGCUCCGCGUCGCCGCGCAAUGGAGAUCAUGGUUGCAAGGGGCCAGCAUGCGCUGGUAGCGCAUUAUGAGAGGAGGUACAGCCCGACGGGCGAAGAAAAGAGAACAGUACCAGGAAGUUGCCAGAUUAGAGGAGACAUGUGGCUGGACGAGGAAAAACGAUCAUUCCGGCUCGCAGUCCACUGGGCUGCGUACUACGGCUCUCGAAAUAUCGUCGAGUCCCUGCUGGAUCGGAUCCAUCUCCGGGAAGGAAAGCACGGCCGGACACCGCUUCACUUUGCGGCCCUAGGUGGGCAGCUUGAGGUUGCCGAGUUCUUGCUGCGCCAUGGAGCCUAUGUUAAUGCCCUUGAUUACCGGGGCAGAACCCCGCUGGGUAUCUCAAUUUCGGUCGACCAGGGACAGCAAUCGAAUGCGGAUGUGACUCGGCUCUUGCGCGCCCACGGAGGGAAGGUGGAUAUUUUCGAGGUGCUUGACGGUGAUGAAGAUUGGGUCAAGGUCUACCUGGAUGACCAGACGAGCUACAAGCAGUUUGUCAAGGCUGCCAAACACCUGCCGUGGAAACUUGUCGAGCGGUUCCGGGUGUUGCGGAUGUGGCGAGAGUAUCGUCGCAAGGCGCCUAUACGGAAUCGCAGGGAGCUGGAACUUAGGAGGUGGAAGAUCCAGAACGCGGCUCUGGAGAGUGGGUUUGCAUCCAUUUUCUUCGUCACGCUUCGUACCGGGAUGGAUAUCAAUGCGCCUGUUGACAAAAAGAUAGGAGGUGGAACGGCGCUGCAUUGGGCUGUGCGCAAGAGACACUAUCCCAUGAUGUGCGCACUCCUACAGCGCGGAGCUGAUCCAAAUUGUGACCUACCACCAAAACUGACACCAUGGGAACUUGUGGUAAAUAACCAUGAUGUUACUGCUACUCAGAUAUUUCUAGAUUGGAAUCAAUGUGAGAGGCCACGACGGCCGCUAUUGAAGCCAUCGAUUUUGACGAGAGUCCUUGCUUGCACAAUGAUCUCGGAGCACAAAGAAAGGUUCGAAUGGCUGAACUCCUUUCACCCGACUGGUCAAUUCCCGCCACCUGCUGGCUUUUCGCACCUUGGAAGCGAACAAAUACCGAAAUCACACUAG